AUUCCGGAGCGAUCUGCCAUCCUCCCUAACCCCAUCUCCUUCGCUUCAAUUGUGUCACACCGUGCCUUUAGUCACGUUACAGUUCUUGUGUUCAGCAAUAAGAAGCAGCUUUGUGUCGCAGCUAGCACAGGCUGAUCUUACAGACCAAGAAUCAAACGUAAGUACCUUCAUAAUUUGCCAAAAUGAGUAUAAAUGAGGCUAGUGUUAAAAUUAAUCGUGAAAGAUCCCCUAAUAGGCUAAUCGCUAAUAAUGAAAAUGAUAAUGAAUUGCUUAGGGACCUAGUCAAGACGCGUGGCAUAUUAAAAAGCAGGCUUACUAAAUUUUCUAAGGCCGUUAGUGAUAUUACCCUCGAGCAAUUAACGAAUCAAAAAUGUGCCGAUGUAAAAUUACGCAUGCAAGGUAUUACAAGCUUAUUUGCAGAGUUUAGCGAUGUUCAAACAAAAAUCGAAAAAAUUGUACGAGAUUCAGAUUUAGAUUCACAGCUGACGCAACGAGAAUUGUUUGAAGAUUGCUAUUAUCAUGCACUAGCUCAAGCUGAAUGUUUGCUCAAAUCGGUAGAGGUCACUAGCGCGUCCAGUAAGGGCAGUAAUAGGGCGUCACAGUCUAUAAAACUUCCGACCAUCUCCCUACCUGUAUAUGAUGGAACGUAUGAGCAUUGGAUCGAAUACAGAGACAUUUUUCUAUCUCUAGUACACAAUUCCGAUGAAAUUAGCGAUAUUCAGAAAUUCCACUACCUAAAAUCGUCACUAAAGGGAAGCGCGGAGUUAGUUAUCGAUUCCUUAGAAUUCUCUGCUAGUAACUAUGUGGUAGCAUGGGAACUACUUCUCAACAGAUACAACAAUAGCAGUCUGUUGGUGCAUAACCACGUUAAGGCCUUAUUUACUAUUCAAAAACUUUCUAAGGAAUCACCACAUGCACUCAGAAAACUAACAGACAUUAUUCUAAGAAAUUUACGCGCAUUAAAAAUAUUAGGUGAGCCUACUGAGUACUGGGAUACUUUAAUCAUAUUUAUUAUAACGUCUAAGUUAGAUGAAACCACCGAACGUGAAUGGGAACAAUUUAAAUGCACCACACGAAAAUAUAUUAAUGAUAAUUCUUCACUGAAGGUAGAUGAUUUACUUAUGUUCCUCAGAGACAGGGCUGACAUGUUGGAAACAUUGCUAGUUUCACACAGGGUUAACAGUGACGUUAAAACUCAAAACGCGACUUCACAACAAUCGUCAUAUUAUCCGUCACAUAAAAAAUCACAACAUAAAGUGCACUGCAAUGUUUCCACCAAUAAGUCACAGCAAGGUCGAAUCACGUCUACUAAAAAAUCGUGUUUAAUGUGUAACGCCGAUCAUCCACUUUAUUCAUGUCAAACAUUUUUGGACACUAACUUAGACGCUAAACUGCAAUUUAUAACCGCAAAUAAAUUAUGUGAGAACUGUUUACGUCCAGGGCAUUCAGUUAGUAUGUGCAAAUUUGGACCUUGCAGACUGUGUUUUAAAAAACACAACACGCUUAUUCAUAAUAACGUGACUGAUCGAGUAGCGGUCGUAUCAAUGCAUCUAGCCGACAACGAAACCCCGGGUUCUAGUCAAAUGACCCCCGCGACCGUCGCACCGCCCGCGCAGUCCAUCCCCGCGCAAAUUCAUUCGUCUCGAGUAAACAGUACACACAUAGAUAAUUUUAAUUUAAUUCACAAACAAUCUACUAUGCGACCCGUUUUAUUGUCUACAGCUAUAGUCGAGAUAGCCGAUAGGUACAAUAAGUUUCACUUAGCACGCGCGCUUCUCGACUGUGGUAGUCAACAUUGUUUUAUUUCUAAACCACUAUGCGAUUUAAUUAAUAUAAAUUUAAUACAGUCCACUUGCGAAAUUCGAGGUGUCGGCAACACAGUAACAACGUCAUCACAGAUAUGUGAUAUCGAGAUCAAAUCACGCAUUGACAAUUACUCCGCACGCAUUAAAUGUUUUGUGUUACCGCACAUUACAUCUACGCUACCUACUGCGAUGUAUAGUCAACGCGCGCAGUCUUUUAUGAUACCUGACUAUAUACAGCUGGCUGAUCCACAAUAUUAUGAAUCUCAAAAUAUUGAUAUUUUAAUAGGCGCAGACUUAUUUUGGGACUUAUUAUGCGAAGGUAAAAUGAGAUUACCCAAUGGACCCUUUUUACAAAAUACAAGGUUAGGUUGGAUUAUUUCAGGGCCUAUUGAGUUUAACACGCACAAUAUCAAUACGUCUGUCCAAUGUAACUUCACUCAAUCCAUUGACACUCAGUUACGACGGUUUUGGGAGUUAGAAGAGGUGCCUAAAACUAGUGACAUACAGACUGACGAAGAACGCUCUUGUGAGGAAGCUUUCAUUCGUACUACCACGCGCAAUAGUGACGGAAGGUUUUGCGUCAGCUUGCCACUGAAACAGUCGCCAUCUGUUUUGGGUGAAUCUUUGUCACAAGCUGAACGUCGUUUUUUGGCACUAGAGAGGCGAUUAGAACGUAAUUCUAACUAUAAAAAAUUAUAUAUUGAAUUUAUACACGAAUACAUCGAAUUAGGUCAUAUGACGCGAGUAACUUCAUAUGGAACCCCACACUAUUUCUUACCUCAUCACGGCGUGUAUCGUGAGCACAGCAGCACAACAAAACUUCGCGUGGUGUUCGAUGCAAGUGCCGCCACAAGUAGUGGAGUGUCUUUAAAUGACAUUCAACAAGUCGGACCUCCUUUGCAGCGUGAUUUAGUUGACAUCCUGCUUCGUUUCAGACAACAUAGAUACACUGCUUGUGCAGACGUCGAAAAGAUGUACAGGCAGUGUCUCUUAAACGAAUUACAACGCGAUCUCCAGUUGAUUGUGUGGCGUGACAAUCCAUCUGAACCGUUAGGUAUUUACCGACUGAACACGGUAACGUAUGGGACAGCCUCCGCACCGUUUCUUAGUGUUAGGUGUCUAAAGCAGCUGGCACUCGAAUGUAAGGACUCAGCCGUCCAACAAAUAAUUUUAAAUGAUUUUUAUGUAGAUGAUAUGAUUACAGGUUCAGAUGACAAGGAGGAGUUGCUUGUACUCUGUAAGAAGGUCACUGAUGUCUUAAGUUCUGGUGGAUUUCACUUAAGAAAAUGGAUAUUUAAUUUUAAAUGUGAUGAAUUGUUGGUUCAUCAAAUUCCAAAUAAUAACGCAUCACAGGAAUUAACAUUAGGAGAAAAUGUUCAGUGCAAGACAUUAGGUCUUGGAUGGUACUAUGCAUCAGACGAGUUUUAUUUUAAUACUCAAGUUAAAGUUGAUACGUACAAGAUUAGUAAACGAACCAUUUUAUCGCACGUUUCUCAAAUAUUUGAUCCAUUGGGAUUAUUAAGUCCGACCAUUAUAAUAGCCAAAGUUUUAUUGCAAAAACUAUGGUUAUUACAACUAGGAUGGGAUGAUGAGGUACCGCGAGACGUGUUGCGCGCAUGGACCGUAUUUGUAAAGGGCUUAUCAAUGCUUAAUACCAUCCGCAUACCCCGUCAUGUUACAGCUAACGAAGCGAUAUGUACAGAGCUACACAUCUUUACCGAUGCAUCGCAGACUGCAUACGGCGCUUGCAUCUACGUUCGAACAGUAACUAAUAACGGACUUGUAUCGGUAAAAUUGUUAUGUUCAAAGGGUAAGGUUGCACCUUUAAAACCUGUCAGUAUCCCGCGACUAGAAUUAUGCGGAGCUUUACUUGGGGCUCGACUUUAUGAUAAAGUAAUUAAAUCACUUCGUCGUCAUUUUGAUAACAUCAUGUUCUGGACUGACUCGACCAUAGUACUAGGAUGGUUACACAUGUCGCCUAAUUUACAAAAAACUUUUGUACAAAAUAGAACGGCAGAAAUACAUGAGUUGGUGAAGGAACUUCCAUGGCGUCAUGUCAGUGGGAAGGAAAACCCAGCUGAUCUGGUCUCGCGUGGUGUUCAGAUGGAGGACCUUUCAUCUUCUACUUUAUGGUGGGAAGGCCCAUUUUUUCUUCGUCACACUAACUUCAGUUGCAAUAAUGUACCGUUAAAUUCAUUUGACUCUCAGCAACUAUUGCCUGAGCUGAAAUCCAGUGUGACGCAUUCCUACGCUACUGAUCAAGACUGCGAACACACGAACACAAGCAGUUGUUGCACGCAGCUCCACAGGCGCUUCUUUAUAACUUACGUGAAACGUGGUGGCCAAUUGGCGGUAGAAACUUAG